CGUAACUUGCAUUCGUGGUACCUUAAGGCCUCAAAGGAAGGGAUCGAGACUAUCAUGGUGCGAGUUAGGGAAGAGCACUACUUCCAGGAGUACUGUGUGAACGUUGACUUCGCCGAACUCUUUCAGUUAUAUAAUCUCCGGGCCCUCGACAAAUCAAUCAUCAGUUGCUAUUGUCUAUCGAAGAUGCUCGAAUGCAAAAGGGACGAUAUCACAGACAUUGGGUUCAUUGACCCGCACACAAUGCAUGUUAAAACCAUAGAGGAUCCCCUCUAUAACAAGGAUACACCGCAGACUUUGCUAAGGUUUUUGAAGCGACAACGUGACAAAAAGCUAAUACUUUGGCCUUACAACUUCGAGUUUCACUUUAUUCUUCUCGUCAUCAAUUUGGAAAUUGGAGAAGUUGAAGUCUAUGACUCACUAAGCAAAAAAUCGGAACUAUACUUGUCUUGUUAUUUAAUGCUCAGAAGCGUAUGGGAAACUUUCAUCAAGGAAGAUACGUCCCGUGAAUGGACACCGAAGCUGCGAUGGAAGGCGAAAAAAUGCCCGCAACAACCUUCGGGGACCGAUCUCUGUGGAUUCUUCGUUUGCGAGUACAUCCGCAGAAUUGUCAACGAGAGAACGAAUAAUGAAAGAAAUAAAGAGUUGGCAAGAAAGCGGAACAAGCUCUCAAUCGAUGACCGCUUCAUAGCAAUAGGCGAGGAAUUGGCGGGAUUUUUCCUUCGGGACGUCAUACCACAACUCGCAGAGCACCACUAUGAAUGAAGAUGUACAUGUUACAUAUAUAGUUGACUCGAAGAGUACCACUAUGCUACAUGUAAUAGACAUAUAUAGAGUACGCCUCGGAGAGCACCACUAUGCAUGAAGAUCGAUCUUCAUGCAUAGUGCUACUUAAUUUGCGAUCUUAUGCAAUAACAUGUGUGUUAUAUUAUAUGCACCAACUUGCUAUGCAUCAUCUUGAUCUUCAUGUACUACCUAA